GCAGUGAUUCAAUAACUGAACAAACAAAACCAAUGACUGAAGCAUCACAUUCCCAGCAGUAUAACUCACCCAAAAGUCUGUGGCAUCCUUGUCUCUGUGCAUAAGGUCUUCAAAAGGGAUUGUGCAAUUGGCCACAAAGUCAUCCGGAGAUGACGCAUGACGCCAAGACACAAAAUAAACAGACAGAAGUCAUUUUAAAGUGAAAUUAGUUAAUAAUUUCGUGAAAAUAGUAAACAAAGACAAUGGGUUUCCUCACGAUAUUGAAGAAAUUACGACAAAAAGAGAAAGAAAUGAGAAUCCUCAUGUUAGGUUUAGACAAUGCCGGCAAGACUACAAUAUUGAAGCGGUUCAAUGGUGAGCCCAUCGACACUAUAUCGCCAACGCUGGGCUUCAACAUAAAGACACUUGAACACCGUGGAUACAAGCUCAACAUUUGGGAUGUCGGAGGUCAAAAAUCAUUGAGGUCAUAUUGGAAGAACUACUUUGAAAGCACAGAUGGUGUUGCCUGGGUGGUGGACAGUGCAGAUGCACGACGGCUCUGGGACUGUGCUCGUGAGCUCCACUCACUGCUCCGUGAGGAGAGGCUGGCUGGAGCCACACUGCUAGUGCUGGCUAACAAGUCUGACCUGCCUGGGGCACUCACAUUACAAGAAAUAAGAGAGGCUUUGGAUCUAGACAGCAUUAAAACCCACCACUGGCGCAUUGUGCGCUGUUCUGCCGUGACAGGAGAGAACCUGCUGGAAGGUAUGGACUGGAUGCUGGACGACAUCGCUUCGAGGAUCUUCACACUUGAUUAGCAUGUCCUAAUAUAGUUGUGUAUGUAUAGGGAGCUAGGAAUGAAAUGAGGUUGCUUUAGUUUUUUACCUUUACAUCAUGUAAUAUUGUCUAUCUACUAAAGAUACUAUAUAAAGUUGGAUGUGGAACACUUGCUAUAAAAUUGGGUGGUACCUACAGUCCUAUGAAACUAAUGACACAAUAGUUUCUUAGAAUUAUGUUAAUUCAAUUCUUUGACUGAUUCUUUAGUAUCUUUUUUUAAUCUCUAUAUUUAUAAUAAUGCUUGCUAAGUUUCUCAUUCCAAAUAAUAGCACAUGCUUCCUCGUGUAAUGCAAAUAAAACUGUGAUGUUUUUGUAAAUUAUUAAGUUUAUAUAAUGUAAUAAUUAACUUUUUUAACAAAA